CAGACGGAGGUGAACUCACUUGAGAGUCAGACUUGAAGUUGAUCGGAGCUCGCUCGAUUCGAUCGUUUUGUGCUUUUCUCGUUGGUCUUCAAUCCUUUUGCCAACCGCACCAUGUUGUCGUCCGUGGUGUCCCGCGGAUCCCAGGGCCUGCUGAGGGCCGUGAAAGGUCAAGAAGCUCUCUUGCGAGCCGUGCCCGUGGUGGCUAAUUCACGUAUCCAAGAAUAUGCGGCUUCGGCUGCGGCGGCUGACAAGCAAAACAAGGGCAAAAUCCUGGCCGUGAUUGGCGCUGUGGUGGAUGUGCAGUUCGAAGAGGGUCUGCCCGAGAUUCUGAACGCCCUGAACGUGGCUGGCCGCGAACCGCGCCUCAUUCUCGAGGUGGCCCAACAUUUGGGCGAGAACACGGUCCGCACCAUCGCCAUGGACGGUACCGAAGGUCUGGUUCGUGGUCAACCCGUGGUCGACACGGGUUCGCCCAUCCGGAUCCCGGUCGGCGAAGAGACGCUGGGCCGCAUUAUCAACGUGAUCGGCGACCCCAUCGACGAGCGUGGCCCCGUCCAAACCGAUAAGCGCGCGCCCAUCCACGCCGAGGCCCCCGAAUUCUCUGAGAUGAGCGUCGAGCAGGAGAUCCUCGUCACCGGCAUCAAGGUGGUCGACUUGUUGGCCCCCUACGCCAAGGGCGGUAAGAUCGGUCUGUUCGGCGGAGCCGGUGUGGGCAAGACCGUGUUGAUCAUGGAGUUGAUCAACAACGUGGCCAAGGCCCACGGUGGUUACUCCGUGUUCGCCGGGGUGGGCGAGCGCACGCGCGAGGGCAACGACUUGUAUCACGAGAUGAUUGAGGGUGGUGUCAUUUCGCUCAAGGACAAGAGCUCCAAGGUGGCUCUUGUGUACGGUCAAAUGAACGAGCCCCCAGGUGCCCGUGCUCGUGUGGCUUUGACUGGUUUGACCGUGGCCGAAUAUUUCCGAGACGAGGAGGGUCAGGAUGUGUUGCUCUUCAUUGACAACAUUUUCCGCUUCACCCAAGCCGGUUCCGAAGUGUCCGCUUUGUUGGGUCGUAUCCCCUCCGCCGUGGGUUACCAGCCCACUUUGGCCACUGACAUGGGUAGCAUGCAGGAACGGAUCACCACCACCAAGAAGGGCUCCAUCACCUCCGUGCAGGCCAUCUACGUGCCCGCUGACGAUUUGACGGAUCCCGCUCCCGCCACCACCUUCGCUCAUUUGGACGCCACCACGGUGUUGUCCCGAGCCAUUGCCGAAUUGGGUAUCUACCCCGCUGUGGAUCCCCUUGACUCCACCUCGCGUAUUAUGGACCCCAACAUCAUCGGCGAUGAGCACUACGGCGUGGCCCGUGACGUGCAGAAAAUCCUCCAGGACUACAAAUCUCUCCAGGACAUCAUUGCCAUUUUGGGUAUGGACGAGUUGUCCGAGGAGGACAAGCUCACCGUGGCCCGCGCCCGUAAGAUCCAACGUUUCCUCUCGCAACCGUUCCAAGUGGCUGAGGUGUUCACCGGACACGCCGGCAAGUUGGUCAGCAUGGAGCAGACCAUCUCCGGAUUCCAGGAGAUCUUGGCCGGCAAGUACGAUCACUUGCCUGAGGUGGCCUUCUACAUGGUGGGCGACAUCUCCGAGGUCACCACCAAGGCCGAGCGUCUCGCCAAGGAGGCCAGUGAGAAUAACUAAAGAACAACAACCACAACAUACCCUACGAAACUCCCUCCCCCACCCCAAUCAACUACCAUCAAUUACCCUCCUUGCCUUAGGGGAAGGAGGGGGGGGGGGAAGAGAGGGCGAAUGCUAUUUUUAUGAAUGAGUGCGCAUUUACGUUGGAAAGUGUGCUACAAAUUUAAUGUCCUACUUGACGAUAAGACCUCAUCCAAAGCCCGGAAGACUCGACACCUUUUCAUCCGGGGUCGAAAACGUACCCCCAAAAGCGUUGCUUCAAGCCGACGACAACAACAUCCAACUUGGUCUGGGGUGGCUUGUUUUUUUAUUUCCAUUUCUCUCAAGUUGCAUAUUGAAUCCUCGUCGUCCGAACUCGAGAACGGCAAGUUGGAUUCACAAGAAAAAAAGAGCCUAUACACAAACACAUGAUGCCAACAACCGACACUGUGUGUACCAAGUAUAAAAUAAUAAUAAACCACACACAUUGUGAACGACAGUCGGAAGGAAUAAAUUUCAUUUCAGUUCACUAGA